AUGGGGUGCAGCAGUAGGAGCAGUCCACCACGCGGGGGGAAGGGGGGCUACCAGGCCGCCAGGUUAGAGCAGGACCAGGGCGUCGUCGUGGCCGCCAGGAAGCUCGCGCAGCGAGCAGCAGUUUCAUGCAUCCGUGGCGUCAUCGUGCUGGGGAACAAGAUGGGCGGGCAGAGGGCCUGCGUCGCGCCAAUCCCGAACCCGCGCGCUUUCGGGUUGCGGGGUUAUUUGUGUGUGUGCACGCAGCCAUACGGCCUGACAAUGACAGCAGACACGCUGCCGCAUAAAGACAACCUCCAGCAGGCGGUGAUGAGCGUUGCAGAUCUACAUUUCAUCACUGGGAUUGGCAAAAGUCUUGGGGCAUCUUCACUGCUAACCGCCCAAUUCCAUCGGCUUGGGGCUCAGGGCCACGGGGCCGUCCGUGCCUUGUUGCUGAGGGACUCAGUGCCCCAGUGUGAGCGGGAGACGUUUUGA